UGGUCUCGUUUUCUUGCGCAGCGUCGGUGGAACCGGCGCGAAAACUUCCGAGUUCAGGACGGUAGGAAAGGUGCAGAACCGGAACUAGCGUGGGAGGAGUGGCGUUCACCGCGUCUUGUGUACACAACGGCCUGAGGCCGGCGAGUAAGCAUGAUGCGGAGUAAGGCGGAGGUGGAGAGGUAUAUUACCUCUGUGCAGGGCGUCAUGCCGCUUUCACCCCGCGAGAAAUCGCUCAAAGGAUUUUUGUUUGCAAAACUAUACUAUGAAGCCAAGGAGUAUGAGCUUGCAAAGAGGCAUAUAUCAGCCUACAUAAAUGUACAGGAGAGGGAUCCAAAAGCGCAUAAACUUCUUGGCCAGAUCUAUGAGUCUGAAGGCAACUUUGAAAAAGCCAUCGGUUGUUAUAAGCGAGUUGUGGAGUUAAACCCAGUACAGAAGGACAUAAUCCUGAAAGUGGCUGAUUUGAUGUGUAAUAAUGGAGACCUGAUUGAUGGAAGAGCUGAAUACUGGGUGGAAAAGGCAGCCAAGCAUUUUCCUGGUUACAAAGUAGUCUACAAGUUGAAGGAGAAGCUGCUGAGCACAAAAGGACAGUUAGGCCAUUCUCAACUGUUCGACCUUAUUCAGUCAGAAUUGCAUUCUAGGCCCGAUGAUCCACAUGCCAAUAUUCGCUUGGUGGAAUUCUAUUGCUCUGUUGGAAAGCUUGAAGAAGCAGUGAAUUUCUGCAUUCGUACAGAAAAGAGAAGAGCCCUUUGCAAAAGUCUGGAAUGGUAUACCUGCAUGGUACAAACAUUGAAGAAACAUCUUGGUUCAUCUAAUGUCUCAGCUGAUAAAUGCAGAUGGAGAUUUUUGCAGAAGGAAUUGCUGCUGGCUUCCUCUAACAUUUUGUUCCUGACAUUGUCAACCAGAGAUGUCCGAGAUGUUGUUAAUGCUCUAAUGAGUUUUGAUCAUGCAAUGCAUAUUGCAAAGUUACAUGUAACGGCAACAAUGGAUGAUCUUUCUGUUACUUUCAUUGAAAUGAGAGGACAUCUCUAUUUACAUGCUGGAACACUACUUCUAAAGAUGGCUCAACAGAAUGAAAUUCAGUGGAAAGCAAUUGUAGAUCUUGCAGCAUUGUGCUACCUAAUUGCCUAUCAGGUUCCAAGACCCAAGCUGAAAUGUAUAAAGGCAGAAGAGACUAAUCAAGAAUUGAUAAACUGGUUAGCAUCAGACAGGCAAAGUCAGUCAGGGCAUAUGCUAAUAAACUUAAUGUUGGGAAAGCCUGACUUUCACAAAGAAGUGGUGGAGACUUUUGCAAGCAAAAGUGGCCAGACUGCAUUAAUUGAAACACUGUUUGGAAGUCAAAUAUCUGUCGAAAGGUCAUUCCUUGCCAAUGAUGAUAUCAGAAAUGUCGCAGGAGAGCAACCAGAUUUGAAUGAACUCAUAAAAUGGGAUGAUGCUUCUGUUAAAUUGCAUGGUGGAAACUUGCAGCAUCUUGUUUGGCUUGGUUUACAUCAGUUUUCAAUGGAUCAGUUGCCUAUGGUGCGGAAUUGGCUUAAGCAGUUAUUUCCUCGACUGCCCCAAGAAACAUCACGGCUUGAAACCAAUGCUCCUGAGACUAUUUGCAUCUUAGAUCUGGAGGUUUUUCUCCUUGGAGUGAUAUAUUCAAGUCACACACAAUUACAGGAUAAAUCAAAUCUUCACUACAGUUUGCAUCAACCAAGAUGCAUGCCACUACCAGUCAGUAAACUCCUCUACACAGACCGACAGAGAGCUUGGUGGGAUGCUGUUUACAGCCUUGUCUACAAAAGAGCACAACCUGGUACAUCAGCCAAACUAAGACUCUUGAUUCAACGUGAACUUGGUACCUUGAGGGCACUAGAAAAGCAUGGACUUCAGCCAGCUCUAAUUAUACACUGGGCACAAAGCCUCAUUAACAUUGGAAGUGGAUUAGAUUCGUACUAUGACCAAAAAGAAUACAUUGGACGGAGUGUCUACUAUUGGAGGAAAGUCCAGCCCUUACUUCAGAGCAUCAGAAAGAAAAGGAGCAUUCCUGAACCUAUUGAUCCAUUGUUUACACACUUCCGUAGCAAGGAUAUUAAGGUCACUGAAGUUAAAGAUUAUGAAAAGGAAAUGGAAAUUGCUUUUGCUACACUUGAUGUAGUUGAUGGAAAAAUUGAUGAGGCAAUUGCUGCUUUUGAAUCCAUCAAUAAUAUUGUUGCACAUUGGAAUCUUGCUUUGAUAUUUCAUCGGAGGUCUGAGGAAUAUGAAAAUGGCGAUGAGAUGGCUUCUGAUGAGCAAGAGGAAUGUAAAAAUUGUCUACUCAGCAGCAAAGAAUACCUCAAAAAGGUCUUGAAUGAAGCUGAAUCUAACAUUGUGGCAAUUGACAGCUUGCCUGUAUCAUUAGAUACAGUGAAAGAAAUGAUGGAGUUGGUAAAUCAACAUCUUCAAGAAUAUAAUGGAGAUGUGCUUGACCAUGGAGAAGAAAUAAAUGAAUGUUCCCAGACAGCUGAAAAUGGCAUUUCUAUGGAGUCAUUACAGGUCAAACAGUCUACCCCGUCUCCAACAAAACUUACUCCAUCACCAACCAAGAGUUACAAGUGGUCUCCAAAAACUCCUCCUCGUUGGGCUGAGGAUCAGAAACAUUUAUUACAGAUGCUUUGCCAACAAGUAGAACAACUGAAGGAUGAAGUGCGUGAACUGAAGUUAAAUAAUUCAAAUACAACUGAAUCGUCACGUUCGCGAUGGCACAAAGACAGUUAUGGUGCAGAUACCCAUCUGGAAAACUACCAGGGAACACACAAUUUUCAGGGGGCACCUUUAACAGUUUCUACCUCAGGACCCUCUGUGUUCUACAAUCAAUCGCCAGCAUAUAACUCCCAGUACCUUCUUGGAACAGCAACCAAUGUGACUCCAACCAAGCCUCCUGCAUAUGGAAUUGGUCGAAUUCCACCACAACAGUCCAUGUAUGGAUAUCAACAGCAAACUCAUACUCCACCUGUUCAGACCAACUCAGCAUGUAUGUAUUCACAGGAUAUGUAUGGAACACAGUUACGUUUUGAAUCUCCUGCAACUGGAUUACUUUCACCAUUUGGUGAAGACUACUACAAUCAUGGUGUUCCACAGACCAGCACAAACCCACCAUUGCCAGAGCCUGGUUACUUCACUAAGCCAUCAGUGGGAAUGCAGCUAACUAAGCCUACGGAAACUAAGGGGAUAGAAUUUGGAAAACUCAACCAACAAAUGCAAAAUGAAACCACAAAGCCUUCCUUGGUUAGUGGAAUAAUGCAUUCCACACCAGCAACAACAUUCAAAUUUAACUCUAAUUUCAAAAAUAAUGAGGGGGAUUUUACAUUUUCAUCACCACAGAUGAAGGCCCAGACACCACCUUCAACUGCCAGUGAUAGUCUUUUGGGCAUUUUAACUGCAGGUAGAUGUGUAAAAAGUGACCAAAUUGUCGGUCACAUGUUUACACCAGAAGCAGUACCCAAUCGGGGAAGCUUCUUUUCCCUAAGAGGGCAGGACCCUUUUGAUGACUCUUCAGCUCCGAAACAAAAUAAAAAUUCAUUCAACAAUGUUAUGAGUAAUCAGCCAUUUGGUUUCAUGGCUGCUGGUAAGACAACUGGAGUCAAUGUAGAAGACAAAGGUGGUGAAAGUGAUGGGGACAGUGUUCCUGAUGAAGAUGGUCCGCAUUUUGACCCAGUUAUACCGCUUCCUGACAAAGUAGAUGUGAAAACUGGAGAAGAAGAUGAAGAAGUACUGUUUUCCAACAGAGCUAAGCUCUUCCGUUUUGACACUGAGACCAAAGAAUGGAAGGAACGAGGCAUUGGACAUGUGAAACUACUACAACACAGGGCAUCUGGCAAAAUCCGACUCCUGAUGAGACGGGAUCAGGUUCUUAAAAUCUGUGCAAAUCAUUAUAUAACAGCAGACAUGAAAUUGAAGCCAAAUGCAGGAUCUGAUAAAUCAUGGGUCUGGUGUGCUUUAGAUUAUUCUGAUGAAAAGCCAAAACCUGAACAACUAGCUGUCCGAUUUAAAACUGCUGAUGAGGCUGCAUUGUUCAAAACCAAAUUUGAAGAAGCACAAAACUUGGUUAAAGGUCAAAAGUUAAAAUCGAGUGGUCUACCCGGCCCAGAAAGGAAAAUGGGAAUCAAAAUCAGGGCUGAGAACACGCACUCGGGUGCUAUCAAGUCUGCAACUGAAGAGUCCAGAUUUGGUGCUCAGUUCAUCAAGAAAGAUGGCGAAUGGGAUUGUAGCUCAUGUUUUGUACGAAAUUUUGCAGCUGCUUCUGUGUGUGCAGCCUGCCAAAGUCCCAAAACCAUUAUUGGAAAACCAGGUUUGCCUUCCAUUUCACAAACCUCAGUGCAAAAUGGAAGUGAAGUUGGAGUAACUGAGCAGAUUGCUACAGCUUUUACUAAAACAACAGGAUUUGGUGACAAAUUUUCAAAGGAAGGCCAAUGGGAUUGCAGUGGAUGUUUUCUCAGAAAUGAAGCUACCUCAUCACAUUGUGUAGCUUGCCAGACACCAAAUGUCAGCAGCAAGGACAGCAUUACUUCAGCCAUUCCAGCACCUGCAACAUUUGCAUUCAGUGCUAAGACAGACAUUGCAAAGCCGGUUGUACCUGCUAGUUUUGGUCCACCAUUUGGAAAAGCAGAUGGCCAAUGGAACUGCAAUGCAUGUAGUGUCAGAAAUGAAGCAACUGCCCUGAAGUGUGUGUCUUGCCAGACACUAAGUCCAUCUUGUAAAGAUUCUGUCGUAUCAUACAACCAACCAGCAACCUUUAAGUUUGGCCUCGACAGUGUGUCUAUGAAAACGCCAAAAGGAUUUGAUGCAUUUAGCAAAAAGGAGGGACAGUGGGAUUGUGACACUUGUUUGGUAAGAAAUAAUGGAAAUGUGGCAAAAUGUGCAUCCUGUCAGACACCCAAACCUAAUGGCGACAUUAUAGUUGUUACACCUAUGGGCCAAUCAGAAUCAGCCUUCAAGUGUGGUGAGAGAACAUCUGCACAGGCAACAUUUGAAAGGUUGUUUGCCAAAAAGGAGGGACAAUGGGAUUGUGCCACUUGUUAUGUGAGAAAUGAAGCAAAUGUGGCAAACUGUGUAGCCUGUCAGAUACCUAACCCAAACAGUAAAGCUGCAGGUAUUUCAACUGCUCCUGUCCCCUUUGGUAUUGCCAGUGUUUAUACUAAAUCUGAAACGCCUGAAUCAGGAUUUAAACUUAACUUUCCUGCAAGUGGCGUUAAAUUUGGCCACAGUAACAGCUCAACGACUUUAAAGGUUGAGGCAUCGUCAUGUCCUCCUUCACAACCAUUUUCUAGUACUAAAUUCUUAUUUUCUUCCCCUUCAAGUGGUGGGUUUAAAUUUGGGUUGCCUGAUACGAACAAAGACUCUAGGGAUAAAGGUAACCAGCCACUACAGGAAGGAUCGGCUGCGCUGUUUUUAAAAUCUUUUGCUGAACAGCAAAAAGAGAGAGAGAGAAUGCAUUCGAAAUCUAGUGGAGACACAAAUCAAGCAUCUGAUACUUCAAACCAAAGUGAAGAUUUUUUUCUGGGUAAGAACGCCCAUGUCUCUUCCUUUGCUGACCUUGCAAAAACUGCAGAUAAAGAAUUUCAGUUUGGUCAUAAAGAUCCUAAUUUCAGAGGUUUUGAAGGAAUGGGUCAGCAGCUAUUUUCAACAUGCAUUACACCAACUGCUUCUGCAGAAAAUGAAGAUGAUGAAUUGUACAAAACUGAAGAGGGAGAUAAUAUUCAUUUUGAUCCUGUUGUUCUCAUGCCUGAAAAAGUAGACCUCAUUACAGGUGAAGAAGACGAAACGUUACUUUAUUCUCAGAGAGUUAAGCUAUUUAGGUUUGAUACAGAAACCAGCCAAUGGAAAGAACGUGGUGUUGGAAAUCUCAAAGUUCUCCAAAACAAAGCGAAUGGCCGUCUUCGGAUACUAAUGCGUCGAGAGCAAGUUUUCAAAGUGUGUGCAAAUCACUGGAUCACGACCACAAUGAAUCUCAAACCCUUAAUGGGCUCUGAUAGGGCAUGGAUGUGGUUGGCUAGUGAUUUUUCAGAUGGUGAAGCCAAACCAGAACAGCUAGCAGCAAAGUUUAAGACUCCUGAAUUGGCUGAAGAUUUUAAAGAGAAAUUUGAAGAAUUCCAAAGGCUGUUGCUAGAUAUUCCGCUGCAGACACCUCAUAAAUUAUUAGACAAUGGCAGGACAGCUCGGCUAAUACAAAAGGCUGAAGAAAUGAAGAGCGGUUUAAAAGACCUGAAGCAUUUUUUGAAAGACGAGACAGGAAGGUUGAAAGAUGAAGGGAAUGUUAUUUCUGUUUCUGAAAGCAGCAGCACCUCUGGUUUAGUAAUUAAACCACAUUCAGAAAGUACUGGGCCUACAUUGGAGUGGGAUAAUUAUGAUCUACGUGAAGAGGCCUUGGAUACAAGUGUAUCUAGCACUGCAUAUGGGUCCCCUGAUACUAGCAGUCCGGUGAGGAAAAACCUCUUCCGCUUUGGCGAUUCAACAACUGGGUUUAACUUUAGUUUCCAGCCAAGCUUGAGUCCAUUAAAAUCUCCUAAACUGAACCACAGUGGGUUGUCUGUGGGUACAGAUGAAGAUUCAGAAUUUGGACAAGAGGAAGAGAAGGAUGUUCAGCAUUUUGAGCCAGUCAUUCCACUACCUGAUUUGAUUGAUGUAUCGACAGGAGAGGAAAAUGAGCAAGUUAUCUUUUGUCACAGAGCCAAACUUUAUCGAUAUGACAAAGAAGUAUGUCAGUGGAAAGAAAGAGGAAUAGGAGACCUGAAGAUUUUACAAAAUUAUGAUUCUAAAAAAGUUCGGAUAGUUAUGAGACGGGACCAAGUGUUAAAAAUUUGUGCCAAUCACUGGCUGACGCCAGAAGUAAGAAUUGAGCCCAUGAAAGGAACAGAAAAAGCCUUUAUUUGGAGUGUUAUGGAUUUUGCAGAUGAUGAGGCAAAGAUGGAACAGUUAGCUGUACGAUUCAAGCAGCAAGAAGUUGCCAACUCUUUCCGAGACCUCUUUGAAGAGGCUAAGAAGGCUCAAGAACAGGGAACUUUAGUCACACCAUUGUCUUCAAGGGGGAAUACACCAAGAGAAUCUCCUUGUGGUAAGAUUGCAAUAUCAGUGCUAGAAGAAACUAUUAAGGAGGCAACAGAACAGACAAACGCAUGUGUUGUGUCUCCAACCAGUGCCGUCAAGUCAGCAAGUACUUGCUUGACAGAAGCACCAUCAUAUACCUCUAUGUCUCCUCCAAAAUUUGUAUUUGGAUCUGAUUCUGUGAAGUCCAUCUUUAGCAGUGAGAAAGAGAGGCCGUUUACCUUUGGUAGUUCAGCAACUGGAUCCUUAUUUGGUUUCAGCUUUAAAAAUACAGAUUCUAUAUUAAAGGACCAAGUACAAAAUGGCACCUCUGCCAUUAAGAACAAACUGCAGGAAGCAACAAGUGGUGGAUUUGAUUUUUGUAAAGCAGCUGCAACUCUAUCAAAGUCUACAACAACCAGCUUGUUGCCUUCAACCACAACAGAAUGUGUUGAACCUGAUUUUGCAAUGAAGGAUAAAUCCAGGCACACUGCAUUUAAUGUGCCACAAGCUGUUGGAGAUGAAGAUGUACAGAUUGUUUUUGUAUUGGCACCCACACCUGAACAAGCGGCUCUUGCAAAGGACCUGCAACUUCCUCUAACAUUCUUCUGCUACAAGAACAAACCUGGCUAUUUUAGUGAUGACAAUGAGGAUGAUGAUGACUAUGAAACUGCUGUUGGAAAGCUCCAUGGAAAAUUGUAUCCAGAUAAGCCAGAGAAACAAAAGACAUCGAACACAGGUGAAAUCCAGAGAACUGGCAGAGAUUUGGAUCCAGGUGAACAGAGGGAGCAAUUGAAUCCUAAUGAACCAGAAGACUUCUCUGAUGCAGGUACAUUCUUGCAGGCGACUGAUAUAAAGCUGCAUGCAGAUGAACAAAGGGAACACAAAUCUUGUACAGCAGUAGACUCCAGUGGGGAUAAUCUUGUAGAAGAUGGUGACAAAGACUGUAUCCUUGUGUGGGAGAAGGUGCCAACCCCUGAAGAGAAGUUGAAGGCUGAAAAGUUGUUUCUCCCUUCCACGUUUUUUUGUGGUUUUAGCAGUGAUACGGAAGGAGAGAAGGAAGAUGAUGACUUUGAGACUGAAAUGAAAAAAAUCAGGGAAUCAAAGAUAGCACAAAAAGAAACCAUCAGCAGCUCCACUGAUGUAGGUUCUGCAAUCCAAUUGAAUGAACAGACUACUUCUACACAAGUUAACGUUAAAGAGGCUGAACCGGACUCUACAACACAAUUUGAAAUUAAGGAAUUCCCAGACACAGAUGAGGGCAGGCCCAUUGAUUUAACAACUAAAAAAGAAAUGGAACCUGAUUCUACUAUUCAAGAGAAUGGCAUGUUUGGAUUUGGCUCCAAAAUAAUUUCUUUCGCAGAUUUGGCUGCACAGAGUACAGAAGGAUAUGGAUUUGGACAGAAAGAAUCCAAUUUCACAUGGGCAAAUGCAGGAACAGCUGUGUUUUCUUCAAUGGUGCCCAGACCUCCAUGUGAUGAAGAUGAUGCUGAUGUGGUAUCCAGCGAUGAUAUCCAUUUUGAGCCAAUAGUUUCUUUACCCGAGGUUGAGACAAAAUCUGGUGAAGAGGAUGAGGAAAUUAUAUUUAAAGAAAGAUGUAAACUGUAUCGAUGGGACCGAGAUACUUCUCAGUGGAAAGAACGUGGUGUUGGAGAUCUAAAAAUUCUGUAUCACUCCCAAAAGCAAUGUUACCGUAUUCUGAUGAGGCGAGAACAAGUUCUCAAGGUCUGUGCAAACCAUGUUAUUACUGAGGAAAUGGAACUCAAAUUAAUGAAUACAUCGAGUAAUGCAUUUGUUUGGACUGCAGCAGAUUACACUGAUGGUGAAGCAAAAAUAGAACAACUUGCUGUCCGAUUCAAAACUCCAGAGUUGGCUGCUGUUUACAAAAAGAAGUUUGAAGAAUGUCAAAAAGCACUUUUGCAGCUUCAAAAAUCGGAUGAAUCCCAAGUUAUGGCCCAAUCAGAUAGCAGCAACCCUGUUGUUUAUUUUGAUGUAUCAGCUGGUGAGGAGGUCUUGGGACGAAUUAUUAUGGAACUGCUAGUAAAUAAGGUUCCACGAACAGCUGAAAACUUCAGGGCCCUCUGCACUGGAGAACAGGGUUUUGGAUUUAAAAAUUCAGUAUUUCACAGGGUUAUUCCAGAAUUUAUUUGCCAGGGUGGUGAUAUCACAAGGUCCGAUGGAUCUGGUGGAAAGUCUAUUUAUGGAGAUCAAUUUGAAGAUGAAAACUUCAUUAUACGUCACACUUGUCCUGGUUUGUUGUCCAUGGCAAAUAAGGGCCCAAACACCAAUAGUUCACAGUUCUUCAUCACUCUAAAGGAGGCCAGACAUUUAGAUUUGAAGCAUGUAGCUUUUGGCUAUGUAAAAAGCGGCAUGGAUGUUGUGAAAAAAAUUGAAACAUUUGGCUCAAAAAGUGGCCGCACGAGUAAAAUCAUUAUGAUCACUGAUUGUGGACAGUUUUCUUAAAUGGAGAAUACCUGGUUUCUCUCUGGUCAUGCUCUCUAUUUAGACUUUGAAAUGGUGUAAUAUUGGAUAUUACUGAUGUAAACUGUACUGGUCUAAACAUUGGAUGUACAAAUUAUAUUGACUGCUACCAGCUGUCAAUUUUUUUUUAAGUGUUGAAAUUGCAUGUUUCAGAAUAAAGGUUUUGACAAACAUUUAAUGAGCGGUGACAUUUAUCUCAUGUGUACACAACAUGAAUUUUGUGACAUUUUGCGUUCCAGCUAAUUGUACAGUGAGCAGUUUUUAAUCCUGGCAAUCAAAGUUGAGAAAAAAUUGUCAUGAAGUUGCAACUUUUUUUUAAAAAAUGUAACAUUUGAGAAUUAAGGUGGAACUUUAACUGUAUUCCAGGACUAAAAGUCGUAAUUGCCAAACAGGAUUUGGUGAUUCCAACCAGGCUUUGCAUAAUUCUAUUGCAUUCAUUUUAGUGCAACCAAAACACUAGGUGUUUUUUUUCAUGUCAAAAUCCUGGAAUGGGGUUAAAUUUGCUGAUGGCCGUAUUGCCAAGAUUAAAGUUCUGCUGUUAACAUUGCAAAUACUGAAACAGAUUUGACACUAUUGUAAAAUGUAAAGUCUUUUUUUACAGAUUUUCUAGUAUUUGCUAAUGUGAUUGGCUCUGUAAUUUUAAAUUGGUAAAUUUAAAUAGUUAACACCCAUAACUUUAUAAAUAUUUAUAAUAAAGGAAUAGUUCUAUC